AUGCUUUCAUGGAGCCCUUUAGCCAACUUAUUUUGGGACUUACAGUGCAAAAUAUAUUUUCUGCUUGUAGGUAUUUGUUCUGCCUUAAAGUUGACAGUUCCAUCUCAUACCAUCCAUGGUAUUGAGGGGCAACCACUCCAUCUUACUGUUGACUACAAUUUCAACGCUACAGCUUCUGAAAUCCAGAUAAUUUGGCUUUUUGAGAGGCCUCAAAGUAAUCCAAAAUACUUGCUUGGCUCUGUAAAUCAGACAGUAGUGCCAGACUUGGAAUAUCAGCACAAGUUUACUCUCAUACCACCAAAUGCAUCUUUGAUGAUCAAUCCAUUGCAUAUCAGCGAUGAAGGCAAUUAUAUUGUAAAAGUCAAUGUCCGUGGAACUGGGACAAUAGCUGCCAGUCAAAAGAUUCAAGUAGCUGUUGAUGUUCCUGUCACAAAACCAAUUGUACAUACUGAGCCAUCUUCAGGGGUAGUGGAGUAUGUAGGGAAUAUUACAUUAAAAUGUAUUGUGGAAAAAGGUACAAGGGUAGUUUACCAGUGGUUGAAAAAUGGGAAGCCUCUCCACGCUGGCCCCAAUUACACCUUUUCAUCAAACAAUGCAACGGUUCUAAUUGUUCCUGUUGUGAAAGAAGAUAUUGGGAACUACAGCUGCCUGGUAUAUAACCCUGUCAGUGCAAUGGAAAGCGAGAUAAUUGCACCAACCAUAUAUUAUGGACCUUAUGGACUUAGAGUUAAAUCAGAUAAAGGUUUGAAUGUAGGGGCAGUGUUUACAGUUGACAUAGGGGAAGUUAUACUGUUCAACUGCUCAGCAGAAUCAAAUCCACCAAAUACUUACUCGUGGAUUCAAAGGGCUGACAAUACCACCCAUGUAAUCAAAUAUGGGCCCCAUCUGGAAGUUGUAUCUGAUAAAGUGGCCCAGAAGACAAUAGAUUACAUGUGCCGAGCUUUCAACAACGUGACUGGAAAACGAGAUGAAACUCAUUUCACAGUCGUCAUUACUUCUGUAGGAUUGGAAAAGCUGGCCCAGAAAGGAAAAUCUUUGCCAUCUCUUGCAGUAAUAACAGGAAUUUCAUUAUUUUUGAUCCUAGCUAUGGCCUUUUUAUUCAUAUGGAAAAGAUAUCAGCCACAUAAAGUGAUACAAGAGAAGCUGCAAAGCAGGCCAGAGGCUGAUUACAGGAAGGCACAGACAUUUUCAGGACAUGAAAGUGCUUUGGAUGAUUUUGGUAUAUAUGAAUUUGUUGCUAUUCCUGAUCUUGCCAGUGGUUCUAGGGUUUCAAGUCAAUCUGUUCCUGCCUCUGACUUUGUCCCAAGCCAGGAUAUGCUUAGUACCAUUUAUGAAGUUAUUCAGCAUGUUCCUGAGCAGCUGCAACAAGACCAUCAACAGUAA